GCCCGAGGCAGGGGCAGAGUCCAGCCCGGGGGGAGCAGCAGGUUCCCCAGCCCGGGCAGGCGGCGGCGGCUGCGGGGAGGCGGCUGGGGCGCGCACCAUGCCUCUGCGGCUGCCGGGCAAGAAGAAAGGCAAGUCCAAGGAGACCUCCAAGCUGGUGGAGAGCGAGGAGGCGGCUGCGGCCCGCGGGGGAGGCGAUGCUGCGGCCGCGCCGCCCCCUCCUGCCCAGCCCGGGGCCCCGCUGCUCUUCCACACGCAGCUGGCGCACGGCAGCCCCACCGGCCGCGUCGGGGGCUUCGCCAGCGUGCGGGAGCUGUACGAGCAGAUCGGCCAGGCGUUCCGCAUCCCCGCCGCCGAGAUCAUAUUUUGCACUUUGAAUACGCACAAAAUUGAUAUGGACAACCUCUUAGGAGGGCAGAUUGGUCUUGAAGAUUUCAUAUUUGCCCACAUAAAGGGACCAAAAAAAGAAGUGGAUGUUCUUAAAUCUGAGGAUUCUCUGGGGCUUACCAUUACAGACAAUGGAACGGGCUAUGCCUUCAUAAAGAGUAUUAAAGAAGACAGCCUUGUCGACCAAAUCAAAGCGAUAUGCGUGGGUGAUCAUUUGGAAUCUAUAAAUGGAAAAAAUUUGGUGGGUUAUCGUCAUUAUGAAGUUGCCAACCUUUUAAAAGGACUGGAGAAGGGUCAGACAUUUAAACUAACCUUGAUCGAGCCUAUGAAAGCAUUUGAAAUGAUUGAACCAAGGUUAAAAAGUGGAACUCUAUCAGAAGCUAAAAUCUCCAAGGGAAGAGAAACGCUUCGACUGAGAUCCAAAGGUCCUGCCGUGGUGGAGGAAGUGCCCUCUGAAAUUGAAGAAAAAGCAAUAAAAAAAGUAGAUGACCUUCUUGAAACAUACAUGGGAAUAAGAGAUAUUGAACUAGCUGCAACAAUGGUAGAAGCAGGAAGAGACAAGAACAAUCCAGAUGAAUUUGCUGUUGCACUUGAUGAAGCUCUUGGAGACUUCGCAUUUCCAGAUGAGUUUGUUUUUGAUGUAUGGGGAGCCAUAGGUGAUGCUAAAUAAGGACGAUUUUAAUGAGAAAUGUACAAUUUAUUAAUCGCUGUUUGAAGAUACAAUUGCUUUUAAACAAUUAUGGGAUCAGAAUUUCAAUUUAUUAAUAUGAACGAUGGGCUGAUGCUGUAUAUAUUUGAAAUAGUCCCCUUUAAAACCUUUUGCAAAGUAGUCUUUUCUGGGUACGUGUUUUGAAAAACCUUGUAUAGCAUCCAGAUAUUCUGAAAACUACACAUUUAAAAACAAAUAUUUAAUCUACUUUUAUAAAUUAAUAUAUGGAACAGUUCCACGGUAUCUGUUUAGUAUUCAAUUGAUCCAGUAUUUUUUUUCUCACAUGUGCAGUAUAUUAAAAGUAUUUUGCAGUUCUCUGAAGAGAUAUUAGACAUAUAUAAUAAAGAGCUAGGGUAUUUUAUCUUUUUUAAAGAAAAGCUUUAUAAAACUUGAUAAUAUGAAAAAGUACUCAGAUGUGCUAUAACUCAAUAAUUCUCUGUUCCCUCAUGUACACUUUGCUAUACAUCUAACCCCUUCUUACUGUUGUGUAUGAAGGAGUGCUCUUCCUUACAGAAGUUGGGAAAAGGCUACUUUUUGUAUAGGGGUGAGGUUCAGAAAAAACUUCCCCUCAACAACCCCCAAGGCUUCAUUUGAGAUCUGACACCCUUUGGAUGGAAAUGAUUUAUAUAAAAUAGGUAUAUCACCAUAUAUUAUCUCAUAGAAUUGGAAGGGACCCUGAAAGGCCCCCUGCCUUCACUAGCAGGACCAAGUACUGAUUUUUGUCUGAGAUUCCUAAGUGGCCUCUCAAGGAUUGAACUCACAACCCUAGGUUUAGCCCACCAGUGCUCAAACCACUGAGCUAUUCCUCCCCGCAUCCGUAAUAUAAGAUGCCUAACUACUACUGUGGUGGGUCUAUGGGAAAUGCAUACCACAGAUUAUAUAUCAGUCUCUGUCUGCCAUGUUGCUACAUUAAAGUCUUCUGGACAACAAAAGAACACACAAAAGCCAGCUGCACAUAUUUAUUCACACACAUACGUAAUGGCAGGGAUCUGGCAUUGAAUGCUGUGGCAUAUGACAACUCAUGUGCUUAUUAGAGUUAAGCAUGUGCUUGAGUGCUUUGCUGAAUCAAGAUCUUAGUUACUCCUGUUGUUUGUGUGGCUUUCUCAUGAAAUAUGGGAGAGAGAGAAAAAAUUAAAAACAAGAAAAUGUGAUUUGUAAAACCACAAAAAAGUGGCAGCCUGGACACAAAGGCCAGGCUUAGAACCUCAAACUACUUUUAACUCAUUUUUUGAAAUUGAUUAGAUUUCAAGUUGUCAGUGUCCUUUUAGAAAAUCAUGUUGUACAUAAACACAUUUUCUUUAUCUCUUUUCUAAAUCAGUAAUAAAACCUAUGAUUAUUAAAGGGGAAAGAACUUUUUAAAAAACCCAAUUUAUCUAUAUUUACUCCUGUUUACUGUUUAUAAAGAAAACUGAAAUGGAUUGAACACAAUCAGUUUCAUAUUCAGGUUUUCAGUGUUGCAAUGUUUGGAUUUUAAACAAGGCAGAAGGAUACUUUCAACUGUUUUUUCAUUAGGUUUUCUGUUUGUUUUAAAUUGUGGAAAUAUAUUGAUCUUGAAAUUUAUAAAAGCUUGUUUUACAUAAUUUAAACAUGGGCCAAAUGAUAAGAUCCCUUUACAACAAAACUGAAGAAAAAAGUGGGACCUUAUCUAGACUGUGCAAAUACUGUAGCUUUUCACUGUUCUUUUAUAUUUGAACAAGCAUAUAAAAUAAAUACUAUUCCAAAAAUAAAGUUUUCUAAAUUUC